UCAUCCAUCAUCCAUCAUCCUUCAGGUCAUCAAGCUCAUGGGCACUGAUUUGCUUACCCAGAACCAAGUGUGGAAGGAUGAGUUGCGGCACCUGCGGGAGCUGGUGGCUACGCUGGAGCGCCAGGGCUACACGAAUCUGGAUGCCUUCAAGCUGCAUUGGGAUCACCAGCUGUACAAGGUGCUGGAGUAUCAGUACAUACUCGGCCUGCUCGACAUGAACAACAAAUUGCCGGAUAUACAUGUCAAGCUGGUGCUGCGACAGCGCGAGCUCUGCUACAGUCCGCCGGAGGAGGAGAUCCGUGAGCUGUUCUUCUCCCAGUUGCGGCGCUUCAUCGAGCGUCCGUGCAAUUUCCGUGCUCUGUCCGAGCACAGCACCGCCUUGUUUCAGUCCAUGGUCACCUCGAACCGGCAUCACUUCGGGCCGCUUUAUGUGCGCGCCGCCGAGCUCUUCGACAAGCUGGAGGACUUCAAGCGCAUCUGGCUGCCGUGGAUAGCGCUGGGCUGCGUGGAUCUGGAGCAGCUGUGCGGCAUCCACCUGAACGAGGCCGCCGACUGGGAUCGCAAUUUCCGCGCGUGCAAGCAGUUCAGCCAGCAGCUGGCCAAGCUGCAGACAACCGAGGAGUCCAUCGAUUGCAUUGUGAUCAAUGUGCUGCCCCUGCGCACGGACAUCGAGUACCUGAGCAGACGCUACUGGGAGGCGCUCGCGACGAGCCUGCGCGCGUCCAUACUGAACGACGUGAGCGCCGUGCAGGAGUUUCUGCAGAACGCGCUGCAGUUCCUGCAGAACGUGCCCAUGGACGAGGGCAGCAUCAGUGAGUCGGGCAUGAAGUACGAGAAGAUCAUGAGCGAGCUGCCACAGAUCAGCAGCACGCUGGAGCUGGUCAGGGCCAAGGAUGCCUGCCUGGCGGGCUGGUGCAAGGAGCGGGUCACCGCCUUGGCCGCCAUCAUGCUGCAGUGGGAGCAGCUGCAGCCGUUGCUGGAGAACCAUGCGGUCAUCCUGCAGCGACAGGUGGACAUCAUCAAGACGCAGGCGCACACCCAGCUCCAGAAUCUGCGCAACGAGGCGGAGAAGUUUCUGCUGCGCUGGGAGUCCACCAUAGCCGAGCUGGAGGCGAACGAGUCGGCCAGCCUGGAGCUGUUCAAGGAACGGCGCGCCCACUGGCAGCAGCUGCAGGCGAAGAAGCAGCAGCUGCUCGACGAGUGCCACAAAUUCAACAUGGAGUUCCCGGAAGAUGCCCUGGCGCCCUUCGCCGCCAUCGAUGCGCAGCUGGAGCGGCAAUCGCUGCAGUGGCAGGUCUACGAUCAGUUCCUGUCCGAACUGCAGCCCAUUUUGCAGGAGGAGUGGGCCAUCUACAGGCGACGGCCGUACGUGCUCAACGAGUUCAUUGCCCGCUGGGAGGGCUCGGUGCACGCCUCCAUCGACCUGCCCUCGAAGCGCAUUCGCCUGCAGGUGGAGCGACUGCAGGCCGCGCUGCCCAUACUCCAGCAGCUGCAGUCGGAUGCGAUUAGCGAGCGCCACUGGGCCAUCAUAUUCCAGCUGCUGCACAGGGCCAGCUCGAGGCCUCUGCAUGCCAUACAGCUGCAGGACCUGCUGGAGGACCUGGAUGCAUUGCUGGCAGCUGCGCCCGAGAUUGCCAGCAUUGUGCGACAGGCAGCCUCGGAGCAGAUCGUCCGGCAGGCACUCGUCGAGCUCGAUCAGUGGUCGGUGACAGCUCAGCUGAAGCUGAUCGAACGCAUGGACGCCAACGGGCAGGCGGUGUGCCUGAUCAAGGACUACCAGGAAGUGCUCAACAAGAUUGGCGACAAUCAGUCGCUGCUCCAAUCGGCCAAGAGCUCGGCGGCCUUCGACAGCUUCUCCGAUCAGGCUGGCCUCUGGGAGAGUCGCCUCAACACGCUCGACGUGCUGCUCACCAGCUUGAGUCACUCUCAGAGGCGUUGGGUGUACUUGGAGCCCGUUUUUGGCGCUGGCACCUUGCAGCAGGAGCACGCUCUGUUCAAGCGCAUCGACAAGGACUUUCGCUAUGUAAUGCGCGAGAUACAAAUGGACCCGAGGGUGACGUCCCUGCUCAAGAUCAAUAAUAUAAGCACCAUUGUGAAUGCGCUGGAAACUCAGCUGGCGCGCUGCCAGCAGAAUCUGAUGAGCUAUAUAACGGACAAGCGGAAUUCAUUCCCUCGCUUCUAUUUCCUGGGCGACGAUGAUCUGCUGGAGCUGCUGGGCCAGGCGUCCAAGGAUGCGGAGAUUAUCAAGCGGCACAUACGCAAACUCUUUCCGGGCUGCCACAGCCUGGGCAUCGAGCAGGCGCCCAAUGGCAGCCACUACAGAAUUCUGGCCGUGCACAGCGCCGAGGGCGACGAACUGCGGCUGAGCCAAGCCGUUGACAUGACGGGCGACAUUGAGCACUGGCUGAACCAGCUGGUGUCCGUCCUGCAGGAGACGCUGCGCGCCCAGAUCUACGAGUGCUACAACAACACCAGCGGCGCCAGCGAUUAUCUCAGCGCCCAGCUGUUGAGCCAGUACGCCAGCCAGGUGCUGGCAACGGCGCGUGCCCUUCACUUCACGCGUCAGACGGAGAAGGCCAUCGGCAGCAUGGCGUUGGCCAAGCUGCUGCAGCAGCUCAAGGCCGAGAUGUCGCACCUGGCGGCCAUGAAACAGCGCUCGGCCGGCGGCAGCCUGCAGUGGCUUAAGCUGAGCGCCCUCCUCCUAGAUCUGGUGCACUAUGUGGGCGUGGUAGAGCAGCUGCAGCAGCAUAAUGUGAUGAGCCCCACCGAUUGGCACUGGCUGAGUCAGCUGCGAUAUUAUAUGGGCAGCAGCAGCAACAGCAGCAACAGCAGCAACAGCAGGCAGGAGGCUGGCGACGUCCGGCAGGUGUGGGUGCGCAUGGUUUAUGCUGAAUUUGAAUACGCUUACGAGUUCCUCGGGCAUGCCAAUAAGCUGGUGCACACCCGGCUGACACACAAAUGCUAUCUAACACUCACACAGGCCAUGCACAUGGGCCUCGGCGGUAAUCCGUUCGGGCCGGCGGGCACCGGGAAGACGGAGUGCGUUAAGGCCCUGGGCGGCAUGCUCGGGCGCCUUGUUCUGGUCUUCAAUUGUGAUGAGAACGUCGACACCGAAUCGAUGAGCCUAAUCCUAACUGGCCUGGCCCGCUGCGGCGCCUGGGGCUGUUUCGAUGAGUUCAAUAGACUGCAGGAGGCAACUCUGUCAUCCAUAUCGAUGCUCAUACAGCCCAUACAGAGCGCCCUGAAGGACAAGGCGCAGAGCGUGCAAAUUGGCGAGCGUCAGGUGCAGCUCAACCAUCACUGCGGUAUUUUCGUGACCUUGAAUCCGGCGGGCGGGGAGUACGGUGGCAGACAAAAGCUGCCCGGUAAUAUUCAGGCGUUAUUUCGGCCGAUUGUUAUGCAACAGCCGGAGCCGGGCGAAAUUGCACGCGUUAUGCUAUUCGUGGAGGGCUUUGCGGCCGCUGCGGAUAUUGCGGCGCGAAUUGUGGAGCUCUUCGAUCUGUGCGGUAAAAUGCUGUCAGCCCAGCGGCACUACGACUGGGGACUGCGCGAACUGAAAACCGUGCUGCUCGUUUGCGGCGAGGGACUGCGCGCGCAAUUAGCGGGAAUGCCAGCAGCGGGCCCACUUAAUGAGCAUUCCAAUGCCAUUCACAGCCCUGCGGCGAUUGGUAAUGAUGAAAUGCGCAUUGUUGUCCAUUGUCUGCGCUCAUCAACCAUGUCCAAGCUGGCGCAACAGGACGUUGAACGCUUCGAAAUGUUGCUGUUGAAUGUGUUUCCCGAAAUUGGCGCCUCGGUGAUGCCGUUGACACCGCUGCAUCAGGCACUGGCCGCCGCCUUCGGCCCACUGGCCCUGCGCGCCAACGACAAGCAAAUCGAGAAGGCAUUGCAACUGCACGAACAGCUGCAGAAGCGCAUGGGCGUGGUGCUCGUCGGCCCACCUGGCUGCGGCAAAUCGAGCAUUCUAUCACUGCUCCGACAGGCCCUGACCGCCACAACAGGCACCCAGCUGCGCGUCCACACCAUCAGCCCCAAGUCGAUGAAUCGCGUGCAGCUGCUGGGUCGCCUCGACCCAGACACUCGCCAGUGGCUAGACGGCGUGCUCACCCACACAGCGGUGCUGGUCAAUCAGGAGCCGUCGCAUGUCCACUCGUGGAUCGUCUGCGACGGCAGCAUUGACCCCGAGUGGAUAGAGGCUCUGAACUCGGUGCUGGACGAUAAUAAGUGA